AUGGAACUCAACCGAGAACAUUUACGCUUACUGUUUGUUUUCGGCAACGAAGCGCCACAUCAGUCGACAAUUUCCCGUUGGUAUGGAGAAUUCAAACGUGGACGGGUGAGUCUUAGCGACGAUCCCAGGGUGGGUGCACCAAAAACGGCAGGCACCCAGGAAAACGUCGAUGCUGUACGCAAACUCAUCAUUGAAGAUAGAUAUGUGACAUAUCGCGAGAUUGAGGCGUCCUUGAAAAUCUCAAAGACCUCAAUUCAAAAAAUUUUACAUGAAGAAUUAGGAGUAAGAAAAUUACAGAAAUCGUGGAUUUACUGUUAUGAACCAGAAAAUAAACGACAGAGCGCUGUUUGGGUGUUCCAAGCGGAAGAAAACGUGGAAUUAUUGGACCAUCCUCCAUAUAGUCCCGAUCUAAGUCCUAACAAUUUCUUUACUUUCCGGAAAGUUAAAAACAGACUACGUGGUCAAAGGUUCCAGUCACCAGAAGAAGCAGUUGACGCAUUCAAAAAUGCCGUUUUGGAUCUGCCAGCUAACGAGUGGAAUAAGUGCUUCGAAAAUUGGUUCGAGCGCAUGCAGAUGUGUAUUAAUCUUCGUGGAGAAAACUUCGAAAAACAAUAAAGUCAUUUAAAACUACCUACCGUGUUGUUUUAUUUCCAUAUGCAAAACUUAAAAGACAUCCC